AAAAAAACUGUACCAGCAUAGCUGUCUCCCACGCAACCAGCCAGCUGCCGACAAACUUCUAUAGCGAGCUAGUGCAUGACCAGGUACCAUUUAAACACCACAAUCAGGUUCUUACCGCACUCCUUUCCCUGUACGAUAGAAGCUUUCAGCCAUGACAGCCAAGACUUGUUCCACCGAGUCGGAGCAAGACUCCAAGAUUGAUGCCGUGGGCACCUUGGAAGGACGUGCCCAUUCCUUUCUCGUCCCAUACGAGUACACUCCUGUGGUGACAGGACUCGUCUUUACCAUGGCAUUGCCCAUGUUCCAUCAAGAUGUGGCGGAUCUUUCCGAUACUCCUUCCUACCUCGAAGUGGCGGGGAUCUUGUUUGGUGCCAUUUCCACCGGAACGUCGCUCAUUUCCACCAUUAUUUGGGUAUCCGGUUUGAUCCGUGCCACCACGCUCUUUUCGUUGCGCAUUGAACCUCAGGCAGCCAUGACAUUUCUGUGCCAUCCAUCCACCGCAGCGCGCAAACGAGCCGCUCGAGUAGCCUUUUUGAUUUCCAUGAUGAGUCUCAUACUUCAGGAAUGCUGCCGUGCAGCCGUUUUCUUGCCCACUCGUGUGGGCAAUGUGAUCAUUGUCAUUUUUGUCGCCAGCAUCGUGGCGGCCAUGUCGUGUGCGGCGGCGGAGAACAAGUUGUGUGACGAAAUAUUGGCUUCUGACGACUAUACCAAGAUUGAUUACUUUAUGAUGUUCCACAAAGCAGAACAAGACAAAUCCCGGCUCGUCGCCAGCGAGACAACCCCUCUGACAUGAUAAACAAAACAAGGCACAGCCGAUGAUAAAAGAUUGAUUUCUUCUUUCUUAGCUUGCGCGGAGACUGCGUUGGUUCGCGACUUCAUUUCUGCCGCCGUGGAAUCAACAAGAAAAAGCAAUGGAUGAAGUUCCCAUCUUGGCCUGCUUGUAGGACAGACAAACCACAUUGCCUAGAGAGUGUUUUUUGCCCCAGUUUUAAAGUUUCAUACAUUCUUAUAACCAAUUGCCUUGGGAUUAUACCGGUAGACGGGAUAGUUCUUGAGCCCCUCAAGUAAAAGUUGAACCUCUAGAC